AUGACAGGACAACGUGGAACACAAGGAGAUGCUGGUCGCACAGGUAAUCGAGGAAACAGUGGAAGUCGUGAAGAAUCUGGACAAACAGGUCCACCUGGACCCACUGGUCCAAAAGGAGAUUCUGGUUCAAUAAAGUAUCAAUCAUUACAUCUAACGGAUUUGUCUUCUAAUCCAUCAAGUGCAGAAGAAUGUGAAGAAUCAGAAGAAUCAGAAGAAUCGGAAGAAUCAGAAGAAUCGGAAGAAUCAGAAUCAGUAGAAUUGGAAGAACCGAAUCAGAAGAAUCGGAAGAAUCAGAAUCAGACGAAUCAGAAGAAUCUAAAUCAUCAGAAGAAUCAGAGUCAGAUGAAUCGGAAGAAACAGAAUCAGAAGAAUCAGAAAAAUCAGAAUCAGAAGAAUCAGAAGAAUCAGAAUCAGAAUAAUCGGAAGAAUCAGAAUCAGCAAUAA